AUAAGCCCCGACGGCACCUGUGGCGGCACAAACAACUUCACGUGUGCGGGCUCGGGGUAUGGGGAGUGCUGCUCAGAGCACGGAUAUUGUGGGAACACGACUGAGUACUGUGACAAUAGGUGUCAGGGGAAUGGGUGUCAUCAGUGUGCGCCGGUGGGAUUUUCGUGCACGAUUGAUAACUCGUCGCAGUGCUGUACACAGUGCUGUUAUUUUCCGACUGGGGAUGUGAUGGAUGGGCGGUGUUGCGACAUGUAG